CUUCUUCUUCUUCUUCCGGAGCUACCAUCACUCUCUUCUAUUCAAAACGCGCUUUCUCUUAUUCCUUAUUUCUUAUUUCUUCUUCUACCCUUUAAAGAAGGACCCUUCUCUUUGCGCGUGUCCCGUCCUCUUCUCCAAUCCUCCACCCUCACAAGAGUGUAAAAAGCACACACCAACCUUUGUAUUCACCAUAUAUAAAUAUAAGUAUAUAUAGAUAGAUAUAGAUAUAUAGAGAGAGACCCUUCAGUUAUGGAGGUUAAGCUAUGGAAUGACAAGUGCGAGAGGGAAAUGUAUGAUAACUUUGCUGAGCUUUAUGCCAUUGUUAAGGCCACUGAGAGGCUUGAAAAGGCUUAUGUUAGAGACAUAAUCACACCACAGGAUUAUGAAUUGGAUUGCCAGAAACUCAUAGCACAUUUCAAAACCUUAGCUUCCACUCUUAGAGGCAUUGUUCCAAGCAUUGAGCACUUUGAACAAACUUACAACAUGGAUUGCCCUGCAGCAAUUAACCGCCUUGUGGUAUCUGGCGUGCCGGCUACGGUGGAGCACCGGGCGGCUGCUGCUGCUGCUGCAUCAACCUCUGCUGCCAUUGUGGCUGAGUGUGUGCAGAAUUUCAUUACAGCUAUGGAUUCAUUGAAGCUCAAUAUGGUGGCUGUGGAUCAGGUUCACCCUUUGCUCUCUGACCUUUAUGGUUCACUCAAUAAGCUUAGCAUACUGCCGCAUGAUUUUGAGGGGAAGACAAAGAUGAAGGAGUGGAUUGGAAGGUUGUCAAAGAUGGGUGCUGCUGAUGAGUUGAUAGAACAGCAGGCUAGGCAGCUUCACUUUGAUCUUGAGUCUUCUUACAAUUCCUUUAUGGCUGCACUGCCUAAUGCUGCUUCAUGAUUCACUCAUUUCAGUUUGGGGGUUAUGCUUUUGUGAUUUUAGAUUAGAUUUGUUUGUUUUCUGGUGAUUUUUUUUUUCAAGUUUACUAUUAUUCUUGUUGUUGAUUGGAGAGAAAAGGAAAGAAAAAAAAAUUGGAUAUUUGGUUGACAACUUUGUAUAUUUUUUAGGCUGUAUUUCAUUACUUUUA